CACCUGGGAGCUGUUAGGUGCAUCAGAGGCAGGCCACCUUCAAGCCAUACCUGAGACUAAAACUACACACGCAAGACCUACAGGCAUGGCCAACAGACUAGUCCUCACCUUCCUGUUUGUGAUGCUGGCUGGAGGUUUUAUGGGCACUUAUGCUCAAAACACUACAGCAUCAACCAACACGACUACAGCACCAGCCAACAUGACUAUAGCACCAGCCAACACGACUACAGCACCAGCCAACAUGACUACAGCACCAGCCAACAUGACUAUAGCACCAGCCAACAUGACUACAGCACCAGCAAACAUGACUACAGCACGAGCCAAUGCGACUACAGCACCAGCCAAUGCGACUACAGCACCAGCCAAUUCUACUACAGCACCAGCCAAUGCAACUACAGCACCAGCCAACGUGACAUCAGCUACAACAGCUCCCCCAAUAACUCCUAACAGUAAUGUGACAAAUCUUACGGAAACCAUUUCUGCAAAUAAUUGCAGCAAGACACAGCUCUGUGCAAGACAACCCUCUGACUGUGACCCAACCAACGGGACAUGUUUCUUUCUUGGUGUCCGACAACUGAACGGUCAAAAUUUUGGGUUUGCACUUUCAGGAGACUCAGAUGGCUACAUUGCUGCUAUUCUGUCACUUAACGCUACACUGGGAAACAAUGACACAACCUACAUCUGCGCAAAGAAUAAUGGAGCUGUCAAAUACUUUAGUGCUUUUCUCAACAACGGCAAACUGACUAUCGGAACGCUGCCAGUCAAUAAUGUAAGGGGCAGAGUCAAUGGAAAUAAAAUCCAGUGUACCUUUGAUGCCACAGUACCAGACUCAAGUAAAAGAGCAGCUGCAUCUUUCUCACUUUCUGUCGCCACUGGAUCUUACAAUGCCAGUGAUGAUAGUCUGGGAAACCCCACUCCCCAAAUAACAACAAAUCCUGUAGACCUGACAAAUGUGACUGCCUCCACCACCAAUCAGCUUGCCAACACCACCACCACCACCACUGCUGUCACCCCUACUGUCACCCCUAAUAAUGCAGUCACAAUCCAGCAAUCUCUGAUGCAAGCUUUGGUGAUCACUGUGGGUGUCCUGAGUCUGACCAUGCUGUAAAGAAAACUGAAACCGGCCCUGCAACAAAAAAUGAAAACUUCACUAUCCAGCCAUG